AUGCUCUCCAAACUGCAGGACAACACACCUCAGCAGAGCAACGGCAGCAAAAGUCGCUCCAACUUUGAGGAAUUCGACUUUUUGGCAAAGUAUUGCAUUUUCAGCCAGGAGAAAUUGGCCGAGUACAAAAGGGCUUUUGAGGCGGAGGACAGCGACAAGGACGGCUACAUCUCCUGCCUGCAGGUUCUUCUUGCACUGAAGACCAUCAUUCCUCCUGAGCUGCUAUCUGACGAAGAAGAAAUCUACGUCUACAGAAUCUUAGAGAUGGUGGACUUCAGAGUGACAGAUGGACUUGUGGACCUGAGGCUGUUUGCUGUGAUUGCAAGCCUGGCCCAGAAAAUAACCUCCAUGGAUGAGUUCAUGCGAUCACUAAUCAGCAACAUGGACUUCCGCUCUCUUGAAGUGAGGCUCUUCAAAGCGAAGCAACUCUUCCUGUUCCUCCUGGAGGAGAAAGGGGAAGAUUCAGGCGCUCAGCAGGGCUUCAUAAGCAACAAGCAGCUGCUGCUGGAGCUGAAGGCCGGCGGCAUCCAUCUGGACCAGGAGGCGGCCAUCAGACUGGAGCUGCAGCACAUUCCUCCACUGGACCUGCUGGACUUCCUGGCCUACCUGCCCCUCUUCAUGCUCAUUCACAAAUCUGUGAUCUCCAACCCAUUCAAUGACUCCAGCCGCCUCUGA